AUGAUAGAACCCUCUGAAGACUCAUUUGAGACGAUGAUGGAGCGUAAGAAUCCAUCAUCAAAACAAAUGGAGUCCUCUGAGGGCUCAUCCAACACCACCAUGGAGAUAGAAGGCGGAGUACAGGAGGCGGCGGGGCUGGCUCAAGGCCCAGCCCAGGAAAUGGGAGAGCUGCCCAUUGACCUCCUCCAAGACAUGGAGGAGCCAUCCAGUGGCCAACAUAGUGAAAUAAAGGAUCCACCCAAUGACCUACUCCAAGACCUGGAGGAGUCAUGCAAGGCUUCCCGUCAGGAAGUGGGGGAUCCCAUCGGUGAGGCGCCUGGUGAGAUGGAAGAAGCAUCAGUCAAUGAGGGAGAGCUGGACGAAGAAGACGACGACACUGACCUAAGUGAAGACGAGGAGGAGGAGGAGGAGGAGCCCGGUGAGUUGGAAUUAAGGGGCAGGGUCAGCUCCUUCACCUCUAUGUACUUCUGGAUGCAAGACCUCAAAGAGCAGCAAAAAAUAGCAAUAGAGAUCCUGAUGAAAGCGAUCAGAAUAGGCCGCGUGCCAGAACCGCAAAUCUUCUCGGGCGAUCGAAGAGAUUACCCGGAGUUCUUCGUGCACUGCCACAUGAUCAUACAAGGCUACCCAAGAAAGUUCCGCAACGACCGCCGGCGAGUGAGGUUCGUCAUCAGUCACCUCUCAGACACGGCCCUCGAAUGGGCCCAAAAUCUGAAGCGGCAAAGAAGCCCCCUGCUUACCAACUACCCAGCCUUCAUGGAGGCCAUGACAAACAUGUUCCACUACAAGGAGGAGCUGCGUGUGGCAGAAGACACCAUGCUCAACAUCACGCAAGGGGAUCGCGCCGCCAUUGACUACAUCGACGAGUUCCGGGAGCUGGUACCCACCUUGGGUUGGCCAGACGAAGUCCUGCAGGCCCACCUGUGCCUGGGGCUCAACGAGGAGAUCAGGCAGUAUCUGUUCCAGCUCCCUCAGCCAGAUUCGCUGGACAGUCUGAUGGCCCUCGUCCUGCAGAUAGAAGAGAACCUGGCAGAGAGAAAGGCCAUGCUCAGGAUGCGUCCAGAGACCCACUCUCGGAACCUGGCCAAGAUGGACUCACCUGCUCCAGAGAAGUGGCCGGUCAGCAGCUGGCUGACCUACGAAAUCCAGCCCGAUAUCGAUCGCAGGCACGUCUUCCUGCUGCUCAUGGUGAGAGUGAACCCUUACCACAGUGUCGCGGUACAGGCGCUGGUGGACUCGGGGGCAAGCUCCAACUUCAUGGAUGAGAAAUUUGCCCAAGAGCACUACGUUGAGUUGUUCGAGAAGCCCUACCCACAGUCCAUCCACACCAUGGAUGGCUCCCUGAUUGGCAACGAGCCCGUUUGGCUGCACACCGAGCCUCUGGUAUGCUUUCAUCAGAACCACCAUGAGCUUAUUGAAUUCGACAUCGUUCCUUCACCCAACUUCUCCGUGGUCCUGGGCAUCAACUGGCUCCGAGUCCACUCCCCCGAUAUCGACUGGGCCAGAGGCCGCUGCACCUUCCACUCUCCCUACUGCCUGAAGAACUGCUUCAGCCCACUCCCACCAUCGACCACACUCGAGAGACAUGCCAUAAGCCUGCUGCCCGGACUGUUGCCCCAGUAUUCCGACCUUGCCGACGUGUUCAACCCGAAGAAAGCAGAUGAUGAGACUUCCGACCAGCCAAGCUCAGACGGAUCCGAUGAUCUUUCUGAAUCAGAGCCCUCUGAGCUUCAGCAGGCUGGAGACAGUGAUCACAGCAACACCGCCGACACGUGUCCCUCUGUGGCUCCUCCGGAACCUGUGGGUGCUGGGAUGCAAGAAACAGCCAGGCUGGGGAAUGAAGAGGAGGAAUCGCAGGAGGAUAAACAGAUAAUUCCAGAACUGUUCCAACAGUUACAUGGAGCUACGUGGUUCACAAGGCUGGAGCUGCGUGGGAGCAUUGUGGAGGAAGGCAAGAAAAAGGCAGCAGAAGAGCUAUGGAAAGUAGCGUUUGGUUUGGAGCUUCAAAAGAAGACAAGCUAUCAGCCCUUUGAGAUCUGCUCAGACCCUCUCAUCCCUCAGAGCGUAAUGCACUGCAUCCUGAAAGACCUGCUGGGCAAAUGCGUGCUCUCCUACGGGAACGAGGUCGUGAUCUACUCAAUGAGCCAGGAGGCGCACCUCCGGCACAUCCGCCAAGUCCUGGUCCGCUUCCGACACCACCACGUCUACUGCUCACUGGACAGGAGCCAGUUCCACCAACACACUGUCGAAUUCAUGGGCUUUGUCCUGACUCCCAAAGGGGUGAGGCUGAACAAGAGCGUCGUGAAGACCAUCAGGGAUUACCCGAUCCCUCUCUCGAAGGAGUCCCUGCAAAACCUGAUGGAGCUGAUGUCCCCCUACUGCCACUUCGUGGAGCGCUUCGCUGCCAUCACGGAGCCCCUGCGGCGGCAGCUGCUGACCACCAACCCCUUCCACUGGGGUGACGAGGAGCAGGAGGCCUUCGAAAGCGUGAAGCGGGCUUUCCGCAAGGCACCCCUCCUCCAUCACCCGAAGCGCCACAAGCAGUUCUACUUGGACACAGGAGUCAACAUGACCGCUCUGUACGCCUCCCUCAUGCAAGUCGAUGAGCAAACCGGCAAAAGAGUGUUCUGCGCUUUCUUCUCCCGCGACCUCUCUCCUGAGGAGGCCAACUCCUCUCCGCUGAUGAUGAAGACUAUUGCGAUUAAGGCUGCCUUGGAUGUGUGGUCUUGCUACCUGGAGAGCACCGAGGAGCCCAUCAUGAUCCUUCUCAAUACAGAGGAUCUAGCCUCCCUGAAUAAUGACAGGCUCACCGUAAUUCUCCCGGGGCAGUGGGCCAAGUUCUUCGGCCGCUUCCAUUGCGAUGUCAUGGAGAGGCCCGAACAAGAUGGCAGCAGUUCUCUGCCGCUGCAGAACCCCAACCGUGGGCCUCUCCGGGCCCACAUUGCCACCCGGGCCCGCACUGCCACCCGGGCCCACACUUCCUGUCACCACAGAAGGGUCCCUCAGGGAUCAACUCCCAGAACUGGGGGAGCAAAAGGAGAAUGAACAUGUACCUCCCAGGAAGGGCCAAGUAGGCAGAGCCAACAGCAAGAGGCCCUGACUCCGUUACAAAUGGACCAAAUACUCAGCAACCUCCUUGGCCACCUCAACAUGGACCAGAUGAGGAGCCUCUUUCUGCACUUCUUCCGAGACCUGCAUAUCAGUCAGGAAGCCCUGGCCCCCAUGGCCGUGCUGGCGAUACUGAAGAUGAAGCAGCACCUCCCGCUGCUGCCCGCACCCACUCUGCAAGUGGCACUACUGCCAGCCACGCGCUCCCUGCGCCUCAUUCUGGACUCGUCCCUCCUCACAAACCGUGGCAUCGCCACGGCCAUCACCCAGCUGCUGACCCAGAUGCCCCCUCUCGUGGGCACUGUCACAUCCGGGCUAGGAACAGGCCGAACAGAGGGCCCUGCUGCCCGGGGCGCCCGGCUCCUACCCCUCCCAUCUGAGUUCUGGACAAUGCUGUGCGAGCGCUUCUGUGUCAGAGUCGCUCCCAGAGAAAGAUCCCAGCCCCUCCUGCAGGGGAGGAGCCACUACCUGGAGCUGCACGUCAUCGGGAGUGAUGUCGUCUUGCGAGAAGCCCUGCAAGACGACCUGCAACGUUACCGUCAGUGUGGCCUGCAUGACGGCCUGCAAGACACCUCGCAGGACGCGCAGGCGGAGGACGACGUGCAGGACGACGGCGCGCAAGGGGUCCAGGAGGAGGAAGCUAACGAGGGAGGGGACGAAGAGAUAGAGGACCAGAUGCAGGAGGCUGCGGCGGCCGACCCCUCCCCUACCCCCCCAGCCCCACCACGGGCCUCUGGUGGAAUCCUCGACAGCCUGUAUAGACAGUUGUAUGGGGACCGAGAUCAACCCAAUCUGCCUCAUCAGGACCCUGCGGCCAGGAGCCUGGCCCACUUCCUGGCCAUGAUCUGCGCAGAGGAUCCAGUCCCCCUCCGAGGCAGACAGGCCAGGGGCGGAGCAAGGCUAGAGGAGCUCCCUGAGGAUGAUGAGGACUCAGACCAUAACUGA